AUGCAAAUGGAUUUUUUAAAACAAAAGCAAUAUAAGCAGGCCCAAAGAUAUCUGGUAAUUGACUUAGAUAGACUAUCACAUAACAAAAUUUCUUUCUAUAACUGUGAAAAUGUGUUAUUUGAAAAGGAGAAAAUACUGCGAACAGUGAUCAAUUUUAUAAUUGUUAUUCCAGAUAAUUACGGAAUGAAAAUGCAUCAUCAAAACUGGCAGAAGAAGGCUUUCAGUGUCCUGUACACAUGUCUUCACAGCAAAGUGAUUUUAGCCGUUAGUCUGAGCAUUCUGAUGACGUCAUUCCUCUAUGUUUACUCUGCAAAGCUUCCAGCUCAAUACCAGAUAACCUACAAAGGAUCUCGACCAUAUGUGUUCGUGUUCGAACAAAAAUACUCGGUGAACAGGACAGAGAAACGCAUACUAUUGUGGACGAGAUUUCAUUUUGACAAUGACUGGGUCAAACAUGUAAGAGAAAUCCUGAACACCUCGUGUCAUUUUAAGUGUUCCGUCACAACUGACAGAGCGGCCAUAAAAGAUGUCGAUGCUGUGGUUUUCCACCUUUUAGACAUGUACCUGUGGGAAACUCCUCCAACUUAUCGAGCUCCUCAUCAAGUGUGGGUUGUUUAUUCCGCUGAACCACCUCCCCAUUUGCACUAUACCGGAAGAAGUUUUAUAUAUUCCCGAUAUGCUUUCAACUGGACAUUGUCUUUCCGGAAAGAUGCAACAGUGUUUGCCCCUUAUGGACAUGCGGCCCCAUUACAUAGAAAUGCUGCUGAGAAAAAUAGUAAAAAACUUGCUAAUGUGAAUUAUACACGAGGCAAAACUAAGAUGACGUAUGCUAUGAUAAGUAAUUGUGUUGAUGAUGCAGGAAGAUUUAGCUAUGUUACGAAGUUAAGACAGUACACACCGAUAGAUAUGUACGGGAGAUGUGGGAAUCUCACGUGUCCCAGAAACAGUACUUGCAAUGAAAUGUUAAAACCUUAUAAGUUUACAAUCACAUUCGAAAACAGCAAUUGCAAGGGAUAUAUUUCAGAAAAGUUUUGGAACACUUUAUUCAGGGAAAGCAUUCCCAUUGUCAAUUGGAUCCCCGAACAGGUUCCAAGCGAUGCUCCGCCAAAAUCUUACAUCAAUGUAUACGAUUUUAAAAGUAUGCAUGAUUUAGCAAAAUAUCUGGAUUUUCUAGAUAAAAAUGACACUGCAUAUAAUAGUUAUUUCGAGUGGCAUAAAACACAUUACAUUGUCCACGGUGGUACUAUGUGGAAUCAGUUCUGUUAUUUGUGUAAAGCCUUACACAACGACUCAAUCCCUGCACAAGUUGUUGAUUACCAGAGUUGGUGGUCAGACGACACUUGUCGAGAAUGGACGAUCUCCAGCAUGAUAACCCGAAGAAUAAAGAAUUAUUUGAUGUGAUAAACUACCCGACCGUCCGAAGCGUUUGAACUGUGUUCAAAACAUAGACUUUUGGAUAUAUCAAUCCCAUUGUCUUUAAUUUCAUGGUGCUAUAUUGUGCAAUGCCAUU